GAAAAAAAAAUUCAUAAAUUGAUUCAUUGUUAAAAAGAAAUUCAUCACUAUUAGCUCUCUACUCAUCCAAAGUUUUAGAUAGCUUUCGGUGUUUUGUCUUUUAGUACCACCACUGUACAUCUUAAUGAAAACUGUUCCACUGUUCAUAAACAUUGCACGAUUGUUUUCUUUUACGCAAAUAAAAGAGUAAAAGUAAUGAACUGAAUGGAAAGUAGGAAAAGCAAGUUUUCUUGGAGAGAUUUGGAGUAUUGUGACAAGCCGACGUCUCGAACUGGCCCGCUGAGGAUCGUAGCCCACAUUGAUCAAGAUGCAUUUUACGCCCAAGUGGAAAUAGUGAGACUAGGAGUUAAUCCAUCUACUCCUUUUGCUGUGCAACAAUGGCAAGGUCUUAUAGCUGUAAACUAUCCAGCUAGAGACGCAAACGUUUCAAGACAUGAAACCAUUACAGAAGCUAAAAAAAAGUGUCCCGAACUUCAAGUUGCACACGUAAAAACUUGGAAGGCCGGUGAUACAGAAGCCAAAUACCAUGAAAAUCCUGACCCAAGUAAUUUCAAAGCUUGCUUGGAUCCGUACAGACAUGAGAGUGUCAAGAUUUUGAACAUUAUUAAAAAACAUGCGCCUAUCGUGAAGAAGGCUAGUAUUGACGAAUGUUUCAUAGAGCUUACCGGUGAAGUAAAAAAGCUUGUUUUAGAAGAGUACCCUUUCUUGAAAACUCCGCCAGGCGAUUUGGAUACAUCCCUUCCAGCUGCUCCAGUGCUUCUAUGGAAACAUGAAAAUGGAUUAUUAAUUGACAAGGAGGGAGGCAAUACUGGUGAAGAAUAUGAACAGGACUGGGAUGAUAUAUUUCUCCAUUAUGCGGCGAAAGUAGUGAAAGCAAUUCGAGAAGACAUAUUUCAAUCAUUGCACUAUACAUGUUCUGCUGGAAUUUCUUUCAACCCAAUGCUUGCAAAGCUUGUUAGUUCUCGAAAUAAACCAAAUAAGCAAGCAACCUUAUGUCGCAGCGGCAUAAAGGAAUAUCUUGGAUCACUAAGCAUUACCGACAUAAGGAUGUUGGGCGGAAAAUUCGGAGAGGAAGUGGUUCGAAUUCUUGGUACUGACUCCAUUUCUGAUGUGUGGUCCAUGCAGCUUGACAAUGUUAUGCGACAGCUUGGCCAAGUGAAUGGCAGGCUUGUUUGGAAUAUGUGCCAUGGUCUUGAUGAUACAGAAAUAACAACUCAGAUACAAAUUAAAUCCAUGCUAUCUGCAAAAAACUUCGGUCAGAAUAAACUAAAAGAUGAACAUGCAGUUCUCAACUGGUUUCGCGUGUUUGGCUCCGACUUACAUUCCCGUUUCAUGGAAGUAGAAGGUCUCCGAAGGCCCAAAACGUUGUGCCUGCAUGUUUUAACCGGUUCUCUUCGUAAAUCGAGAUCGGCCCAAAUCCCUCUAGAUGCUGAUAUUACAGUGGAUUAUAUUGCUAGUCAUUGCAUGAAGCUUCUUCGACAGCUUCAAGAUGAGUAUGAUGUGUAUCCGAUUUCCCAUUUAUCAGUUAGUUUCCAAAACAUAGUAGAAAUUGACAAGAGUUCACGGGGUAUAGAGUCUUUUCUACGUCCUAACAGGAUUCAUCCGAAACAGAUACCUACUAUGGAUGAUAAUCCAAAGCUUCAGUUGGAUGAGAACACUAAACCUCAACAGCAAUGUCCGUCUGAAGACAACCAAGAAGCGUCACCGAAGAAGAAAAGAAGUAUUUCUGGAAUGUUCAAAGAUAUUUCGGAUAAUCCAAGUCCUACUAUUCAACAGUCAUAUACAUGUGAUGAAUGCGGACAUAUCAUUCCUUUUAGUAAUAAGGGUGAACAUGAUGAUUAUCAUUUUGCUAUAAAUCUUUCUCGUAAAGAAAGGUUAGUUGAACAGCAGCCGUCUAAUGCUUCUAAUACAGAUAAACCAAUAAACACCGGGAAGAACAGGACGUACGGACGCAGGACUGGUAACAAACACUUUACUUUGCCGAUAGAUAGCCCAUCACCAAAAAAGGCCUUUCUUGACGCUUUUUUUACUUCAAAUCAAAGUACGUCGUCAACAUCUUCCUUGCAUAAAAAGAAUAAUUCCGUUGGCUUUUCCGGUUCUUCAAGCGCUACCCAGAUGCAUUUGGACCUAGGGUCAACUACUGUUACAUGUUCAGAAUGUCUAAUGGAAUACAAUAAAGCAAGUGAAGAAGACGUGGAUUUGCAUUCAAGAUUUCAUUCUCGUACACUUGGUGGUAUCACUUUAAGUAUGCAGACAGAACCUAUAAAACGACUCAGCUAUUCUGUCAAUGGCGACUCAAUCUACAUGAUUACAGCUGAAAGUUCAUUGUUAGAUCAAAAGAAAGCCGAGGAAGCUUUAAACUUUGUUAAUGAAGAACUUUCCGGCGAGCCUAUGGAAACUAUCGGUGUUGAUAAGUAUUCCAUUUUCCUAUUUACUUCUGGAAAAAAGUGUGUCGGGCUUUUGUUAGCAGAGCGUAUAAAUUCCGCAUAUGUGAUUAGUGAGAAAGAGGAUGAGAAAGCAUUUUUCUCUUCCGCUGUGUAUAUAAAAGAAAACAAAUUACAGGCUGGAUUUCUUCUUGGAGUUUCAAGGAUCUGGGUUACUCCAUCACGCCGGAAACAAGGAAUUGCUCGUGCACUUUUAGAAUGCGCGACUUCUCAUUUUAUUUAUGGUUAUAAAAUAUCCAACAAAGAAAUCGCUUUUACUCAACCAAGUGAAAGCGGAAAACGGUUUAUCUUGUCUUGGAGUAGAACUUAUCAAAAAGACAAAGCAGGAGUACAAUAUGCAGUCUAUGAAAAUUAAAGGUCAAAAUAAUUUUGAACUACAUGAGAUUUAUUAUUACAAAUCAUUUUUUAUAGCAGGUUCUAUAGGUGAAGGAUAAUAUUGAAAACAAAUAAAUAUAUUUUGCACUAACACAAGUAUCAAAC